CCUCGUUUUGCGGAGACGCUCGGCCCUACACAGUCUCAUCAGGAGGGUGCGGGGAAAAGGGAGACUUCAUGCACCUUCCAGCAGAGUACCUCCUCAACCUGAGUCCCUUGACGGCAGAAAAAAAAGAAAGUUCUGCGUACACUUUCGUACAUGAGUGGGCGCACCUGCGCUAUGGAGUAUUUGACGAGUACGGUAGACGGGGAGAUCCUGAGUAUCCGGAAACGUACUGCGAGGGACGCAAGCUGAAGCUGAACGCCUGUUCGAAAAUCCUGGUUUUCACCGCUGCACGACAUGACGGUUCAGCAUGCAGUAAGGAUAACGAGUGCAACUUUGAGAAAAAUUGCAUCAUCUCGCCAUUUAUUCCCGCGGAACACCCUGCAGAAAGCUCCAUCAUGUUCAUGCCGUACGUGAAAAACAUUUCUCAUUUCUGUGAAUCGGGUCAAGGCCUUCGCAUGCACAACUACGAAGCUCGGACAACGCAAAACGUGAUGUGUAAACGAAAGUCUGCCUCGGAUGUCAUCCUCUCGAACGAUGACUUCAAAAAGCUAGCAGCCCCGAACUUGUCUAAGCGCAUCCAUGUCACCUUUGAAGAAGCGCAGCGAGGUGACCAACCUCAAAAAGUUGUUGUGGCUUUGGAUACGUCAAGCAGUAUGAAGACAAAUGAUCGGAUUAAUUUUUUGAAGGAAGGCCUUCAGGCUUACAUAAAAAACAUACCUGAUGGCAAGAUAAGACUGGCUAUACUGGAAUUCAGCAACAACGCCACACUACUUCACAAUGUGCUUCUUGUGAAUUCGACCACUCGUCAAAGGUUUGUUGCCACAGUGAACGCUCUGAAAGCUGAUAGGAGGACGUGCAUCGGUUGCGCACUUAAACUGGCUAUACAGGUGCUGAACAAACCCAAUGACCCUCCACAUGGCUCCAUCGUCAUGUUGGUCACUGAUGGUGCGGAAAACGCGAAGCCCUACCUGAGGAGCAUGAUUCCAAGCCUCGUGAAUUCUCUCGUUGAAGUGAGCACGUUUGCACUCGGAACCGCUGCAGAUCCCAAGCUCGAAGAACUAGCUGCUGCAACGAACGGCAGGGUGUUCUAUUUCCCGAACAGUCAAAAAUUCGCUGCCGUCCGCAUGGAAGUGGCCCUUCAGACAGCCAGCACGCCCGGAAUGGUAGAUUCUGCAUGGCCCAUUAUGGUUUUGCACGACGAAAAAAACUUCACCAAUCAGAUCAGUGUCGAAUUCCCCAUCGAUAUUGGUUUGACAAAGAAAGCAACAGUCUUAACAAGAGCUCGUCCGGAGCAAAAUAUCCGGACAUGGCUUAUCGACCCUCAUGGAAAGAACUGUACAAGCUGCCGUACGGUUGUCAUUAGUCACGUUGUCAAUAUAACCAUACCGGACCCAGCACCGCCGGGUAUUUGGACGCUUCGGGUCAAAAGUACCAACAAUGAUCCUAUGGACAUCAGCGUGAGGGUGAUGGCACAACCUGAAGACAAUACGGAACCCAUUAUUACCACCUGCAAAAUGACAAGUAUGGAGCCUGGACAUAAAUCCACUUUUGCCGUCAUUGUCGACGUCACCAAAGGGAAGCAGAUUGUCUUGAAGGCGAGAGUUGUUGCCUAUGUGACUGACCCGCAUGGUCGAAUGACUACCUUGACACUUCACGACAACGGCGAAGUGCCUGAUGUGUAUCCUGAUGACGGAAAGUACAGUGGAUAUUUCAUCGAAUUUACUGGAAAAGGAAGGUACGCCGUGAAGGCACGCGUGAAUGGUAAUGAGACGAGAAAAUCCUGCUGCGCAACUUGUUCUGGAAGCGCCAUUACGCCCCGCAGGUUGCUGACGUUACCAUCUGGACGUUGCAAACUAUCCGGUGAAUAUGACAUAAGCUGCUUUCCCACCAGCAACGAAAGUUUCCGGGCGGCCCCGCCACCACCAGGGGAGCCCAUCGGCCCUUUCCAGAGGGAGGUCGAUGGAGGAUCAGUCAUUGUGCCAUAUGACCUGGAGAAACACAUGGUGCCUCCAGUGACUGUCAGGAACCUAAAAGUUUCUAACGCGGUACCAGGAAAAAAUGGCACUCUUCUGGCGAACUUGACCUGGACAUGGCCAGGGAAGCACAUGACUCAUGGAACUGCGUCGUCAAUUGAUAUCCGAGCGAGCAAAGACUUCAAAAGUCUGGACGACCACUUCGAGUCCCAAGUGCAGAUCGACUCAACGAGUUUGGUUCAGGGCGACUUGAUACCCAGACCGGGAGGAACAACUAACGUUGUGACGAUCUCGCUUACACCUGAAUUGGCAGAGGAAAGAGAAAAUUUCACAAUGUGGAGAGUGAAGUUUGCUCUUAGAGUGAACAAUAGCUACGGCCUGAUGUCCGGGAUAUCAAACAUAGCGCAGCUGGCCUACGACGAUUGGUCGAAAACUGAAGGUAUCUACCAUGGCAAGAAGUACACCCCAAAGGUUCCAGAAGGCCUGCCGGCCAGGCCCACGACAGCUGGGAAAAGUAGCCCGAAAUCCACACAAGAUAACUCUGCCGAGGAUGAGAGCGAUGACGGCACUUCAUCUACGUCCCUAAUUCCAUGGCUCCUGGCUCUUCUUGUGGCAGCAGUAGUGGUGGGUUCUGCUGUGCUGUGGAUCCUCAAAAGAAGCAAGGGUGGAAGUGAUUCUCUAGUUGGCGAAAAGGGUGUUGCAGAACUGGCUGAGACAACAAGUGCGCCACCGUGAAAGUGU